UCAUCAUUUGCCCGUUCCAUCGAUAGUGCUACCACGGACGACGAUGUGACGCGUUGAUUUUAGGAUUGAAAGGAACUCUCCAUCCUCACAUCGCUGGCGACGGCCCAAGUCUGUCGACCUGCUCACCUUUGUAAACCUUCCUCCAGCCAAGCAUCAUGGAUCCCAGAACAGCCGCCGAGAUGUUCACCUGCUGUGGGCUUUGCGGCCCUACCGAGGAGGAGCAGCGAGAGCCUCUCCUGGCGCAAUAUGACGACGAGACCAGUAUGCAGGCGGCACUUCACCAGAAACUGCACACGUACCAGAUGCUCAGGGCUCUGUCGCAAGGAUACAUGCCCACCAACGAGCAGCUCAUCAUCAACCUGCGCACUUUGAUGGCCUCGGAGCUCCUCCAUCCAUCACCCCCGGCCGACGAUCUGAGCGACUCCGGCCGUGCCUUGCUCCAUUUCUCCAGGGAGACCCUCAAGAAUAUCAUCGAGCUCCUGCAGCAUAAAAAUUCCGAGGACCAGGUUCAGGAUUUCAUCUGGCACCUGUCACAAGUCAGGGUGUCUGUCGACUUUGAAGAUAUCGCCAAUCGCGCGGCCAAGGCUCAAUCCAAGGCACACACCGCCGCUGCUUAUGAAAGCUUGCGGACGGUGGGCUCGCUGCUGUUGACAAACUCAGACUUUCGGCUAUUCUUGUCUGACCUGGGCACUGUGGGGAAGGAGGUGUUCAGUGACACUGCGCUGAAGCUUUCCGAAGUGUCCAAGAAGGCGGCAAAACAAAUCGAGCCUUCGCAGGAGGAGCAGGAAUCUCUGAAGCAGUUAGGCACCGAAUCGAACGGGAAGCAGCCAGAGGUCGACAGCGAUCAGUCUCUGACCAGAAAGGAAGACCAAGGCCCAACCGAAGGGGAGCUGACCAAAGAGAUGGAAGAUGUGACAAGCGUGCUUGCCGAAGGGGUCGCAGAGGUAGCCAGUGAGGCUCAACACAGUCUGGUGGAUCACAUCAAGGGCCCCGAGAAGGAUGCGCUACUCUAUCGCCUGAAGAGCGCCGUCACGAACCUCAGGCAGCGCCAGGACUACUCCAACUCGGUCUCGACACUCUCCCUGCUUCUCAAGCGCUACGCCAUGGUCUACUCGCACGUGGUUGAUGACGCCAUGCAGGUCGCCGAGGAUGACGUCAAUGUCAACCCGGAGACGGACCGGGCCAUGAAGAACUUUUGGUCGCUGGUAAAGUCGUUUGGCGACCGCAAGGAAUGGGAGGAGCUUGAGCGGCGGCUGAACAAGAUCACGGAACGCGGCCAGAGCGAUCCUGAUUUUGACGAACUGGUCCGCCAGGUGGGAAACUCGGUCGAGGCACUCCUGUCGGAUCCAUCAUUCUACGACCAAGCCGAAGAGCGCCUCAAGGAGCUCAGGAAUCAGUCGCAAGAGCUCGCUUCCGGGCCAACCAUUCGUCAAGAAGUGGACGGUGCGCUUGCACAACUCCAGGUCGUAGUGCAGUCGGUUUUGCACGACGCCGACAUCGCACGCCUUCUAAACACCAUGUCCAAGGUCGGACGCAUAUUAUCGCCAGGAAGCAGCUACAUCAAUGCCGACCUCGUGGCCGACUGCGUCAACGUCUUCGUCCCGCUCCUGGUGCAAGGGAUUCAAUAUGUGCCAAUCCCGCGACUCGAGGUAUCAACCCCUGAUGUUGAUCUACUACUGGAGAAUCUGGUCCUCGAGCCCGGCCGAACCAUCAACGGCAGCUCUUUCCUACCAUACAGGCUCCGAGUGGAGACGCGCAACGACCUGGAGAUACGCAAAACGCGACAGCUCAAGACAACCUCGUCGGUGCAAUCUAUAGUCGCCAUCAAGCUGGACGGUCUCUCCAUCGCGGCACAAGAUGUCGGCUUCUGGGUGCGUGCGCACUCGGGCUUGAUUCGGUGGGCGGACGAGGGCAUCGCGUCGUUCCGGCUCGACGAGCGGGGCAUGGACGUGCACAUCGAGGUCGAGGUGGGCAAGGAACGCCUGGAGAAGAUGCUCACGCUACGGUCGGUCAAGGUCACGAUCCACGAGCUCGACUACACGCUGCGGCAGAGCAAGCUCUCGUGGGGCGCCUGGCUGCUCAAGCCGUUCGUGCUCCCGCUGAUGCGCCGGGCGCUCGAGCUGCAGGUCGCCACCGCCGUCUCGGACGGGCUGCAGGCGGCCAACCGGGAGCUACUCUACGCGCGCGAGAGGCUGCGCGCCACGCGCGUUGCAGACCCGGACAGCCUGUGGACGUUUGUCAGGGCAGUCGCGGCGAGGCUUGCGCCGGCCGACGACCCGGACGUGGAGACAUGCAUCGGCAUCACGGAGCCCGGUCGCGGGGUGUUCAAGGGAGUUUACGCUCCAGGGAGCCUCGUGAAACUGUGGAACGAGGAGGCUGCCCAGGCCAAGGAUCGGGUCCUGGAACAGGAGAGUGGUGGGUGGCGAAAUGACAUUUUCGACGUUCAGACAACACCCGCCAUGUAAUUCAUGUCAACUGUGCACUGAACGCCUGAUGGCCCAACCUCGAUGUUUUUUUUUCUUCUUCUCAAUAACUUCUGCAUGGGUUAUUUUUUUUCUCAAUACCUGCUGUUUGUAUCCAUUGAUACUAUCAUACGUUGCAAGGUAGUUCUCCGGCGGAUCAAUAGAAUGAUUUUCACCAGAGGAUACGAUCCGUGAGUAAAUGGAGAAUAAAGGAUUUGCACGG